UUUGAAAAUUACCGAUUAUCAAUAUUCGAAAUUUCAAUUAUUUUCAAAUUCAAAUUGUCUAGAGUUUCUACUAUUUUGAAUUUACAAUGUUUUGUCGCGAAAAUUAGGUGCCAGUGCGAUGGUAAAUUUUUUAGUUUAAAAUAGUUCAAAGUAAUAUUCUUUGUGUUGUUUUGUUUCUACUAUUCGAACGAUAACGAUGGACGACGACGCAGACGAUCCCACUUGUAUCGUCAAUAUGCUGGAGGAAUUUCGAGCAAACGCGAAGAAUUACUAUCGAUCUUCUAUGUUGCCAGUUAAUGCAUUCAGAGAACCCGUUUGUUCAUCUUCCAAACCUAAAAGAUUGCUAUUCGAUGGUCGUAAGUCUGAAAUAUCUGAUAAGAAACCAAAGCUCGAGACACCUCCAUCUUCCAAAGGUCUUGGCGAUGAAGUCAUGUCUCCUUGGGAAAUUAGAAGGAUUAAGUCGGAAGUUAUGAAAUCCAGAGCACAAGUUAUUGAAGCCGAAGAGCGAAUCUCUAAAUUAGAGGCAUUAAACGUCGAAACUACGUUACGUUAUCAAGAAGAAAAAAGAACGCUGAAAAAGGAUCUUGACGAAGAACGAUCCAAGGUGAAAGAAUUGGAGUCGCGAUUAAAUUUCAUCAGAAAACGCGAAGCAGAAGCAGUUGAUCGUUAUAAUAACCUGAAAUUUGGUGAAAAUGAGAAAGAAAAUUCAGCCUGUAAAUUAUUAUCGCAACUUCAGAAAGAAAAUCAUCUGUUGAAAGAAAGAAUAUUCGAGUUUGAAGCUGAAACUGAAAAUAAGAAAAAAGAGGAAAAUAACGAAAUUAUGAAACUCUCGCAUGAAAUAAGUAUAAUGAAGAAAAGAAAUGAAAUGAACACCGAACUUAUCGAGGAACUUCGGAACGAAUUGAUUGAAAAAAAUAACGAUCUAAGGAAAUUGGAGAUGGAGCAAACGAAACUUUUGGCUGCUAUGAAACGCGUAAAGGAUUUAGAAUCAGAACGUGAAUUGUAUUUAGAGACUAGAGCAUACGUCGAAUCGCAAAAUAAAAGAUUGAUAUCACUUCCGCUGUUGGAAAAAGAAUUGUCUAAUUUGAAAGAAGAGAACGAGCGUCUAAAAUCUUCCAUUUCAAACGUGUUAUACCUAGAAACAGAAGUGGAGAAUUUGAGAACUCGUCAGAAAUUAAUGGAUAAUUUGAAUCAGGAAUUGAUCGAAUUGAAAGGCGAGAACCAAUACUUGAAGGGCGAAUUGGAAGACUGGGCAAGUUUAUCAAAACAUUAUUGCCUACAAGAUGACAAAACGGUGAAACCUCUGAUUUUAAUUCAACGACGUUUGGAAGAAUUAGUGAAAAAAGAAUUGUGGUACGUGUCCGAAUGUAAGGAUUCAGAACUCAGGACUUCUCACCUAAAAGAAAAAGUCGAUGAAUUGGAAAAGGAAGUCGGCAAGUAUAAAGAACAAACGAAUGUUUUAAAAACUUCGUGUGAAACUCACGCUGCAAACAUCAGAAGACUCAAGAAACAAUUAAAUUUAGUUACAUGGGAACGCAAUGAUUUAAGGAAUUUGCUGGAUUCUUGUCAGAAGGAUGUGACUAUCGCUUCGGAUUCUCAUACUCAGUUCGAUGCUUUGCAAAAAGUUAUUGAUGGAUAUGAAGAACGAUUAAAACAACUCGAAGCUGAUCCAUCAAUUGCUGUUGUUACUGAUACUAAACCAUCUGCUUUACUCAUUGAAAGAGACGACUUAUUGCAAAGAGAACGUCUACUUCGAGAAGAAAACAAAAAAUUACGUGAAAAAGUUGAACAUUUGAGCGAUCAAUUAGAGUAUCGUCAUUUGAAAGGUGAUUUUGAUCCAAGACAGACGAAGAUCAUUCAUCUAAAAGCUAACCCUACGUCAGAAGCAGCGCAGAACUAUGAAGAUCGACUUACGAAAGCCAGCGAAGAAAUUUACAGAUUGAAAGAACGUAUCAAAGUGUUAGAAGAGGGAAACAACGAAGACGUUACCCGGAUUGUAGAAGAACGAUGCCAAGGCACAUCUGUGAAAGAAAUCAGUGAUCUUAAAGACCGGCUGAAAUCAGCAGAAAUUCAAAAUCAAAGGUUAUGCGAAGUGUUUAGAAAACGAAGUCACGAUUUUAGAGACGCCAUGUAUAUGCUUUUCGGUUAUAAGGUUGAUGUUUUACCCAACAAUCAGUACAGACUAUGCAGUUUAUACGCGUUUGAUCCGCAGGACAUAUUACUCUUCCAGAUGUCGUCUUCUAAUAAUGGAACCAUGGAAUUACUCGAAACUGGAUACUCUCAAACGUUGAGUGACAUGAUAGAUUUACAUCUCAAACAGCAUAAAUCUAUUCCAUUAUUUCUAGCUUCUUUAACGGUAGAUUUGUUCAACAAACAAACCAUUACAUCUUUUUCAACAACCGUUGAAAUAACCACCUGUGAUAGUUGAGAUUUUUAGUUGUACCUUAUAGAUACUUGAACGAUUUCUUUUUUUUAGUUCUGUACAUUGUAGAAACUUAUUAUUUAAAUUGUGCAUUUUUAGUUAUUAUUUAUGUGUCACUUUCCUAAAUUUUUUAUUCGAAGGAGCAGUAUUUUUCAUCAUUUUAGAUUUUAGCUUUUAAAUUAUACUAAUGAAUAUCUAAAUAAAUACGCAAAUCACUGACGUUUGAA